CCGCCGGGCUCGUGGGCGGCGGCCGGGCCAUGGGGGAGGCCGAGGUGGGCGGCGGCGGCGCGGCGGGCGACAAGGGCCCCGGGGAGGCGGCCGCCAGCCCGGCCGAGGAGACGGUGGUGUGGAGCCCCGAGGUGGAGGUGUGCCUCUUCCACGCCAUGCUGGGCCACAAGCCCGUCGGCGUGAACAGGCACUUCCACAUGAUCUGCAUCAGGGACAAGUUCAGCCAGAACAUCGGCCGGCAGGUGCCCUCCAAGGUCAUCUGGGACCACCUGAGCACCAUGUACGACAUGCAGGCCCUGCACGAGUCUGAGAUCCUCCCGUUCCCGAACCCCGAGAGGAACUUCGUCCUCCCAGAAGAGAUCAUCCAAGAGGUCCGAGAAGGGAAAGUGAUCAUCGAGGACGAGAUGAAGGAGGAGAUGAAGGAAGACGUGGACCCGCAUAGUGGGGCUGAUGACGUUUUUUCAUCUUCAGGAAGCUUGGGGAAAGUGACGGAAAAAUCCAGCAAAGACAAAGACAAGAACUCUUCAGACUUGGGGUCCAAAGAAGGGGCCGAUAAACGGAAGCGCAGCCGGGUUACCGACAAAGUCCUGACUGCCAACAGCAACCCCUCCAGCCCCAGCGCUGCCAAGCGGCGCCGAACGUAGGCCCCGGGACCUUGACGUCGGCCGCACGAGUUGAGGCCCAGGCUGGAGUGAGUGUGCCCACGCGGCUCCCCGGGCGUGGGGCACCGACAGGAGCCCAGACAGCAAGCAAUAAAAGCGCCGGCGUGCAUUCUGGGCCCGGGCCCUCCUCUGUCCAUCUGUCUGCGCUGCUGAGGGACUGCGGCCCGGACAGUCAGACCCCUUC